AUGGCGAUCUCGAAUAUCUUACAGUUUUGGUUAAUUCUCAUUUUUCUUAUUCCAUCUAUUCUCUGCGGAAUAUUCGUUUUGUUCAGUCUACUAGUCGAUCGUACUCUACGCCGGGCUUUGAAUAAUCAUACAGUCAUUGUUCUUCUUUCGAUUGGUUUGUGCUCGCAGAUGACAAAUUAUAUUUGGAUGCUGGUUUAUUACUAUCGUGAUGGCAUUUGGCAACGAUCGUUGAUCUUCUGCACAGUUUGGACGUACUUCGAUUGGACAUUAUAUAUAGCUUACACGAUUGUAUUAGCUUGGACAACAAUUGAACGACAUAUACUCAUAUUUCAUGAUCGAUGGCUGUUAACGAAGAGAAAACGAUAUUUAUUACAUUAUUUCCCAUUGUUUUUUCUUCUUCUUUACUCUUUGAUCUUCUAUAUUGUUAUUAUCAUCUUCCCGUCGUGUGAAAAUACUUUGCUCGAAUCGAAUUAUCUCUGCAUGUCCACGUGUAUAUUCAAAUCUGACUAUAUAAUUACGAUCUACGAACUGAUUCUUCACCAGUUUUUACCCUUUCCGUUGAUUGUCACAUUCAGCCUGUUGUUACUCGGACGGGUUAUAUGUCGAAAGAAUCGAGUCAAUGCAGCAUUUCACUGGCGCAAAUAUCGCAAAAUGACCGUUCAAAUGUUUGCUAUUUCGUCUCUUUACAUUAUCCUAUAUUUUCCUUACAUAGCGAUUAACGUCUAUAUGUGGUUUAAUGAAGCUUCGAGUAUAUCCUACGAGAUCAAAGAUUACGCAACAUUCCUUACUUAUUUCGUUUUUCUGUUAUUUCCAUUCGUUUGUGCUUUAUCAUUGAGUGAUUUGCGACGAAAACUCUUUUAUUUAUUACACCGACGAAUUGUUCCUGGUCCAAUGACAGCGACGGUUGCUCGGACAAACAGAUAA